AUGGCAAGCCUCCCCGCCCUGCGUCUCGGAAAAUUCGCCCUGCAAAGACCCGUCUUUGCACCUGCACCCCGACUGUUAUCCGUCGCCUCCCAGCUCCGAAUGGCCUCCAACGCGCCGACACCUCGCUUUGCAGAGGGUGAAGACUCGCAGCAGCUCGGAUCGGACACUGCAGCACUGCAGCAACAAGGGUGGGCACUGGACACGGACGGAAUGGGUGUGACCAAGACAUUCCAUUUCAAAAGCUACUUCAAGGCCGUAGUGAGUAGCCUCGUUGAAAGCGCAAUCUUCCCUUUGGAACUGACUCGUGCAGUCCUUCGUGAACCUGAUCGCAUCGGAAAGCUCAGCGAAGAAGCACCACCCUACUAUGACUGUGGUAAGUAG